AUGGAAAGGUCAGUAUUAGUAGAAAUGCAACUUAAAGAAGCACUAGAAAGAGAAGCUAACUUAAAAAAGCUUAAUGAGUCCUUAAUGAAAGCUAUGGGUGAUAUAUCUAGUCAUGACAGAGGAAAAGAAAUACAAUUAUUAAAUUAACUACAUGAGUAAGAAAUUUCCAAACUAAAGUCUGUUCUUAAUGAAAAGAUUACCAUUCUGGAAUACGAAUUUCGAAACAAAUGCAAAGAAUUUAGUAAUUUAGAAAAAAAUUACAACCAAUUGAAUCUAGAUUAUGAAGAAUUAGAGAAGAAAGAACAAAAAUGCUAUAAAUGCGCUGACUUUUAACUUUAAAUUACAUAAAUUCUAAAAUAAAAUGAAAUUUUGAAAGAAGGAUUAGCUAGAGAAUUUUCAGAGGCUUUAAAUAAUUAAAAAUCUAUUUUAGAAUACGAUUCUAAUUGUUUAAAACUAAAGCUUAAAUAAACUACAUUUGAAUUAGAUUAAGAAUUGAGAGAAAAGGAAAAAUUAUAAAAAACAAUCCAAGAGUUGGGUUAUUCACAUGAAUAAGCAUAAAGAAGCUUAUUGUAAUAAAUUGCAGAUCUCAAUAGAGUACAUAAUGACACUAUCCUCCAAAAUAAUUAAUAUUAAAUCUCUUGUUAAGCUAGAGAACAAUCACAAGCAUAAAAGAUUUGCUAAUUGGAAUAGGAUAAAAUAAUUUUAGAAAAGCAUUUAUAAGAAUAAAAAGAUUAGAAUGCUAAAUUAGAAGGCUUGAUUAAAUAGUAGGAGUCACUAUUAAGGGAAAAGGAAAACAAAUUAAUUGAAUAAAGAAAUGAAUUAUCAAAAAAAUUAAUAAAUGAAAAGAAAAUUGCUGAACAAUGUUAAGCUGUGGCUUUGAAAUUAAAAAAUGAAUUUUAAAGGAAAUAAUCUAUAUUGAUUGAAGAAUCUUUAAAAAAAGAAUAGCAAUUAAAAUCAGUGUAAACUUAACUAACAAGAUAAAAGAGCAAAAAUAAAUAUUAUGAAAAUGCUCUUAGUUAAGUUAAUUUAUUAGAAAUUAAAAAUUCUACUCCCAAAUAAAUUAAGCAUAAAAAAAACAAUUUCUCUAAUGAUUUUCACACUUAGCAUUAACCAGGACAUACUAAAAAUGCUCUCAGUUAAGGCCAUGUGAACAAAAUCAAAAUAUUGCCUUCCUCAAUAUAGAAAAGUGAAGCAGAUUCUAUUCAUUUUAAUUUAACUGAUAUGUUAAAUUCUACAAGAAAUCCCGAUCAGUAAAAUCUUUCUUGUAGGCAAUCAAAUGAAGAUAUAGGGUCUCAUAUAGAAUAAUUUAAUUGUGCUGCAAAAUUUGUAUUUAUUAUUACAGAUUCUUAGGUCUAAACAAGCGAUGACUCCGUUAUCCCUAUUUAGUAGUUGACAGAUAGAUAGUUAUCUCCAAGAACAAGAAUCUAAACAGUUAAUCCUAAAGGACCCCCUUAAAGAAUAAGAUAAAUUCAUGCUGAUUUAUAUAAAGAAAAUAUAGUUGUAAGGCCUAAAGCAUGA